GCCUCUGACCGCGCAGCAUCCACCGUCGGCACGACUCCAUCCCCCGACCCCAAGCACGACGUGUUACUCGCGCCUCUCGCCGUCUGGAUAUAAAUGUGAGUGGACUCUCGACUCUACGCUUAUUUCUCCACUCGUCUUCGCCACUCGUCACGACCGUGUUUCUAGGUGAUGCACCCGUGAAGCACGCAGCGAAUGCACGGCAAGGGGUACCUGGAGGAGCCCCUGCGGGCCCCCGCUGGGGCCCCCUAUGAGUGGUACACGACGACGACGCCAGCGGCGCCGCACGUGACGCAAAACCAUGUGCCACGGCCCGCGCCCCCAGAGCCGAGCAAGGGCUGCUUCUGCUGCGAGGGGCUGUUGGGGUCCCCGGCGGCCCCGCACCCUGCCGACGCCGAGGAUGGCUUCGGCGGCGUCGUCACCAGCAUGACUGGCGGCGCUGUCGGCCGGCGCCACGCGUACGAGGACGAGGGCACAGGCGGUGGCGGCAACGCCUGCUGCCUCCCGCCCCCGCAGAACAGCGCGGCCCCCGACCAGGACCCCGGCUGCUGCCGACCGGCGGCCCUGCUGCUCCUCUUGGUCGCCCUGCUCACCCUCUUCCUCCUCGUCAGCGGGGCAAUCCUCUACACCAAUUACUUAAACCUGAAGCCGCGGCCGCAUUUGCACCAGGGUGAGUCGUGCGCAGAAAACUACUGUGCAUUCGGGGCCACGUGCGUCGAGGACGCGGACGGCGAGCUUCGGUGUCGGUGUCCAGAACACUGCCCCACCCUCGGACAGCAUCCUGUGUGCGGCUCGGACGGCCGUUCCUACAUAAGCGAGUGCGUCCUGCGAAUGACGGCGUGCCAGCGCCAGGAACACCUCAGGGUCAUUCACCUCGGCGAGUGUGACACGCCGGACCCGUGCGGCCAGAAGCAGUGUCCGCCGGGCGCCAAGUGCGUGGUGAGCGCCGACGGCCGCUCGGCCAGCUGCGAGUGCCCCGACAAGUGCCCCUCGUACGGCGACCACGUCGGCUCGCGGCCCGUUUGCGGCUCCAACGGCGUCGACUACGCCAACCUGUGCCAGCUGCGCAGGGCCGCCUGCACCCGCGACGCCGACAUCACCGUCCGCUACCACGGAAAGUGCGAUCCGUGCGCGGGCCUGCUGUGUCCGUCGCCCGAGGAGUGCCAACUGGACGAGGAGCGCAACCCCGUGUGCCGGUGCGGCGAGACGUGCUCCUCCGACUUCAUGCCCGUGUGUGGAUCCGACGGAAAAACCUACGUUAACGAGUGCUCCCUGCGGCAGCAGGCGUGCCGUAAUCAAAAGAAAUUGAAUAUCAUCUACCGCGGUGAGUGUUCGAGCGGCGUAAAUCCAUGCGCCGGCAUCCGUUGCUCGCCGGGCCAGGAGUGCGCCAUCAACAAGUUUGGCAUCGCAAAGUGCGAGUGUCCCGGCGAGUGUGAGCCCGUGCUUCGUCCCACCUGCGGCGACGACGGCCGCACCUACGACUCAGUCUGCCUGCUCAAACGGUCCGCCUGCAUCGCCAAGAGGAGGGUUGCCGUCGCACAUGCCGGAGCUUGCGGUUCAGCAGGUCCGUGCAGUCGUCACGUGUGUCCCUACGGAGCGCAGUGCGUGGAAAAGGCCGACGGUUUGCCUACGUGCGAGUGUCCAACUUGCUCAGCAGAGUUUUCGCCUGUCUGCGGAUCGGACGGUUUUUCGUACGAUAACGAGUGCAAGCUUCGGCUCGAAUCGUGCAUCCUCAAGAAGGAAAUCACGCUCCUCUACGACGGUCUCUGCAACGGUUGUGAGGGAAAGCAGUGCGAUUUUUACGCCUUGUGCGAGAGCGACGGCAAUGGGAACUCCAAGUGCGUCUGUCCCCACGGCUGCCCGGCAGAUGUCUCCUCAGCGGUUUGCGGCAGCGACGGGAAAACAUACCGCUCCGAGUGUGCGCUGCGCAAUCACGCGUGCAAAGUGCAGAAAAUGAUCUUGGUCGCACACAAAGGAGACUGUGACGCGUGCCUUGAGGUUAAGUGCAAGUUUGGAGCGGUUUGCGAGGCAGGCGAAUGUGUGUGUCCCAGUGCAUGUCCGAUCAGCGGCGCAGAACCGGUGUGUGCGUCCGACGGCAUCACUUACGCCAGCGAGUGCGAUAUGGUCAGGGCUGGCUGUGCCGUCAUGCAGGAGCUGCAGGUCGAGUUCUACGGCGAGUGCGCGGAAAAAUUAGCGACAGUGGCACCGACCCGAGCACCACCGAUCACCACCUACGCACCGAUGGUGGUGGUGCGCGUUGGCAAAGGCGGCAAAACGUCCGGCGCCAGGGCCAACGAGGUGGGCAAGGGCGUUGAAGCUGAGGCGUGCAAGGACAUCCGCUGCGACUACGAUGCCACCUGCGAACUUGGCGAUGACCAUUUUCCGCGUUGCACUUGCAAGUUUGAGUGUAUCGGCGCAGAGAGAAAGCCGGUGUGUGCGUCCGACCUGCGCAUGUAUCCCAGCGCUUGCGCAAUGAAGAUGGAGGGUUGCCAGCGGCAGGAGGAACUGCGACUGCGCCCAAUCGAGCUUUGUGAAGGUAUGGAGGUGAAGCCGUGCAACGGCGAUACGCCCCUGAUAAGUCCGGAAACUGGCGUUGACUUCGACUGUGGCAGCGGCCCCCGGAGGCAGGACUGCCCUUCGGGAAGCUACUGCCACCAAACGCCCAACUUCGCUAAGUGCUGUCGCAAAGCAGACGCGAUCAGCGCGCAGAAGAACUGUGAGGACUCGUGGUUUGGCUGCUGUCCUGAUGGCAAAACGCCAGCCCAGGGAGAGGACAACGCCGGCUGCCCUUCUACCUGCAACUGUAACAAGCUUGGCUCCUACUCGGAAGAUCAAUGCGACGAGGACAGCGGUCAGUGCGAUUGCAGGCCAGGUGUCGGCGGCGAAAAGUGUGAUCGAUGCGAAGCCGGCUACUGGGGCCUGCUCAAGCUCUCUGAGGGCUACCUCGGCUGCAUCCAUUGCCAGUGCUCGCCUCUGGGCUCGGUGAGGGAUGACUGCGAGCAAAUGACCGGCCGCUGCGUGUGCAGGCCAGGCGUCACGGGCCAGCGAUGCACAGAUUGCGCUCCAGGACUCGUUUUGGGGAUCAAUGGAUGCGCCAAACCCGACCCAUUUGCCGCGAAGCCGAGCUCGUGCGGUGAGCUCGUGUGCUAUCACGGCGCCACGUGCGAGAUGAAAGCGGGCAAGCCCGAGUGCAGCUGUAGAAUCGCCUGCUCGGAAGAUGCUCCCGUCAGAUCGCAGACUGUGUGCGGCAGCGACGGCCAAACCUACUCCACUGAAUGCCAAAUGAAGCAGUACGCCUGCCGCUACCAAAAAGAAAUCAAGGUGCAGGGCUCGGGAUCUUGUCGAGAGUUAGGCAUCACCGAGGCGCCAAUGCAGCACUGGACGGGCGCCCUGAGUUCACCCCUGUACAAGUCGACGCGUCACCUUUUGCCCCUGGAGCAGUUCGGGGGUGACUCGGCAUGGGCCAAGAACGGUGGUCACAAGCCAACACCCGCAACGAUCCAGGUGCGCGCGCUGCUCGGCGACUCCUGUUCGAGGGACCUGGAUUGCGUCGUCGUGCACAGCCGAUGCUCGAGCAACGUUUGCGUCUGCAAGGAAGGCCACGCCGAGGCUCCUGAUCAUCUCGAAUGCAUUUCUAACAACCCCAGGUACAAGAGGGGUUGUUCGUCGCUACCGUGUCACAACGGUGGCACCUGCUACGAUCUUGACGAGGGUCUGUUCGAGUGCAAGUGCCAAUCAAACUGGACUGGAGUCCAGUGCCAGCAGGUGGCGGUCAAGAAAGAGUACGACAUUCCUGCGUUUGACGGCCACUCUUUCGUUCAACUGAAGCGACUGAAGGCGUACAACAAGUUUAGCAUAGAGAUUGAGUUUAAAACGUAUGCAAACGACGGGAUUUUGCUGUACAAUCAGCAGAAGGCGGACGGAACUGGAGAUUUCAUCUCGUUAGCCAUUGUCAACAGUCACUUGGAGUUCCGCUACAACCUGGGAAAUGGCCCUGUCGUUAUCACCUCUCAUGAAAAAGUGCAACUCAAGAAGUUCCACCACGUUGUCGCUCGAAGGUAUCACCGCGAUGGUGUGCUCAAGCUAGACGACUUUGAGGACGUCGCGGGACAGUCCCAGGGGAGCCUGAAGUCUCUUGACCUGCAGGAGGACGCUUUCGUUGGCUAUGUUCCAACUCAAGAAAAGAAGGUAUUUGAAAACAUCGGGACAAGCCUGGGCCUGAUUGGGUGCAUUCGGAAACUGAAAAUCGGUCGGAAGGUGGUGGAGCUGCACGCCGGGCGCGACGCCAUGGUGGAGAAGACGCAGGGCAUGAGAGAGUGCGGCGAGAACCCGUGCUCGGUGCUGCCUUGCCUCAACGGCGGAACCUGCCUCGCCAUCGACUCGGUUAACUUCAAGUGCGCCUGCAACCCUGGCUUCUCGGGGGCCACCUGCGCCGUCCUGGUCGCGCCCUGCGCCUCCUCGCCCUGCGCCGCCGGCGCCGAGUGUGUCGAGCUCGUCACCGGCUUCACCUGCCAAUGCCCCAUCGGGAGAAAAGGAAAAACCUGCCACGAAGUCGAGUCGAAUUUGCCUGAGGUCUUCACGCCCGAGUUCCAAGGCGACUCGUUCCUUGCUCUUCCUAAGCUUGAAAACGUGGCUCGCGCGUUUUCCCUGGAGGUGUGGUUCAUGUCCCGGACGCCGUCUGGCCUGCUUUUGUACGACGGCCAGUUGAUCGGAGGCAGAGGCGACUUUAUUUCCCUCAACCUGGUGGACAAAUAUGUCCAGUUUAAAUUCGAUCUUGGGAGUGGAUCUGCAAACAUUACAUCUCCUCACCCCGUGAAACUGAACGAGUGGCACAUGAUCAGGGUAAGCAGAAUAGACAAAGAGGGCACCCUUCAAGUAGACAACGAUACCGUCGUCAAGGGCUCUUCAGGUCCUCCCCUGAACGAACUCAACCUUGAGCUUCCCUUUUAUAUUGGCGGAGUUCCAUCUUUAAACGAAGUGAGCCGCGACUCGGGCGUCACUGUCGGUCUUACCGGGGCAAUUCAGCGAGUUAUGGUGAACGGCGAGGCGUUGGGCGAUAUCCUGAAGCGGGCCAUCACUAAGAGAGGAGUGACUCGCUUCUCAGGCCGCCCCUGCGACGACAAAGACCCUCCGUGUCAGAACGGCGGGAUUUGUCACCCUCGUCUGAACGACUUUGUCUGCAAAUGUGCUCCCAGCUUCACAGGAAAUCAGUGCCAACAAAAAAUCGGGGACGAUGGCGUAGAGAGACCUGUCAAAUUCACAGGAGAAACCUUCCUUCAAUACUCCUACAAAGCCAUCCAAAAGGCUGCGAGUAACCAAAGCUUGACUUCUGCUAACAUUUCGGAGGAGGUAGAUGUAGAGGAGGAGGUGUACGAGGACGACAAUGACGAAGGCGUUGACAUAAAUGAGGACGAGGACGACAUUUACGACGAAGAUGAUUUUGAAUUCUUUGACGAAAGGAAAAAAGGCGAAAGGAACAACCGCUACGAACUGAAGGUCCGCACUCAGGAGUUGAACGGCCUGCUUCUGUGGACGAACAAGGGCAACACCCUGAAGGACGACUACAUGGCCAUCGCCGUCGUGAAUGGCUUCCCCGAGCUCAGUUUUAAUCUGGGGAGACAAAAGUCUCCACUCUUGAUUCAGUCAAAGAUGCGCGUUUCUGACGGCGUAUGGCACAAUAUCACCGUCCAACGGAGGAGGAGGCACGCCGAGAUCAUUGUCGACAAGUCUGAUCCUGUCCGAGGGGUUGCAGAACAGGGAGCCUCCUUGCUCAACACAAACGGCCGCCUUUGGAUUGGCGGUGCGCCCACUCUUCCGCCCGGUCUGCCUGCCGAGUACUACUUGGGUUUCCGCGGCUGCGUCACGAACGUGAAGGUGGACAAACGUCCGCUGCACCUGGUACGACACGCGGAAAACUCGCCCGCCACGCACUUCUGCGAAGCCAACUGAACAAUCCGAGGAUUGCCAUAUCCACCCGUACAUCGGAUUAAGUGUUUUCGUUUUCGAAAACAAAGAGAGCGAGUGCUUGUUUUCGGUUUUCGUGCGGUGAGAAGCUCAGCCAAAAGUGUGAAGUAUGCAUGUCUUUUUCUCUUUGUUAAUUUUGUACUGCGUUCGAUUAUGUACCAGAGGGAAAACGGAAAAUUAUAUAGACAUAUCAUAUACACGAUGAGAACACGCAUAUAAUCAGUUUGGAUAGAAUUGGAAAUAAUAAUAUGUAUAAGAGAAGAUUCUGAGACUGCUCUCCCCCUAUCCUUUUGUUGACAAUGUGAUUCAGCCUGAGAAUGCGAGGAACACACACAGCAAAUAUCAAAAACUACUGUGAGGAAACAUCCAAUUUUAGCGAGAAUAUAUACAUAUAUUAUAAAGUAUUAUGUUUUAUUAUUUGCAGUGCAUUAUUAUAUAUGGUGUUGUCAUGAAUUUGAAGCGGAAUUUCUUGAGCGCAAAUGUAAAAUAACUUGGCAUUGAAUCGCCUCACCAUGUAUAUAUGUAAUGAAAUUCGGCAGGCUUCAGAACGGUCAUUUUCUGCGUUCAAAAAACUCUCCUGGUGCGAAAACUUGUGUCACAUAAUAAAAGUGAUAAUAUUUUCA